AUGGCAGCGGUGGAUCCUGCGACCAGGAAGAGAGUCUUGAAGGUGAUUGUGUUGUCGCUGUUGUUGGAUCUGAUCUCCUUCACAUUCAUUCUUCCACUCUUCCCCAAGCUGCUGGAGUUCUAUCGAGAUCGAGAAGCGCCGUCGCUGAUCCCGGGUGGGCCGCCAACAUUGCUGCAACAGGUUCUCGGGGGCCUGAACAAAUACAAAGCUUCGUUUUCACGUCCCAUCGACUCCCGAUAUGAUAUUGUUCUCCUUGGAGGAGCCAUGGGCUCGUUGUUCUCGUUGUUGCAAGCGAUUGCUUCCCCUCUUAUUGGAAGGCUCUCUGACCGAUACGGCCGACGCACCGCUCUAUUGACGUCCAUGUGCGGAAACGUGCUGUCGGUGCUCCUUUGGGUUGCGGCCAUUGACUUCCGCACCUUUGUCGCAAGCCGCAUUGUUGGAGGUCUAUCCGAGGGAAAUGUCCAGUUAGCAACUGCAAUGGCAAGUGAUAUCUCAGACGAAUCGACUAGAGGGUCCACCAUGGCGGUGAUCGGAGCUUGCUUCUCCAUUGCCUUCACAUUCGGACCUGGAUUGGGCGCUUGGCUAAGCACAAAAUCUCACGUCGCUGCAAACCCCUUUGCAACCGCCGCAUCUUUUAGCUUGGCUCUCAUUGUAAUCGAAACGAUAUAUCUAUACUUUUUCUUACCGGAAACUCUGCCAUCUCUUAUUGGAAACGAAGCCAAGUCAGAGAAGAGGACGGAGAAGACAAAGGCCAAACCAGCGGAGAGAACAAAUUCCCACGUUGUCCUCAAUGCAGUUCAUUUCUUGUUUCUUCUCUUUUUCUCAGGAAUGGAAAGUUCGCUAUCAUUCAUGACUUAUGAACUGUUUGAGUUCACUUCUGGUAAAAAUGGGAGAUUGCUGGGGUAUAUUGGUCUUGUGGCAUCUAUUCUCCAAGGCGGAGUGACUCGUCGACUUCCUCCGUUGCUCUCUGUAAGAAUCGGCGUUAUUUCGUGCUUGGCUGCCUUCUUCCUCUUAGGAAGAGCCGGUGGUAUCGGUGGCUUGUAUGCUGCGGCGACGUGUCUUGCAAUGACAUCGGCGACGGUGGUGACUGGACUAAACGCGCUGAGCAGCUUCGAGGCCAGUGAAGACGAACGUGGGGGGAAGCUAGGCAUUCUGAGAAGUUGGGGACAAUUGGGACGUGGACUUGGGCCGAUCCUGUUUACAAGUGUGUACUGGUGGGCGGGUCGAGAAUAUGCGUACAACAUGGGAGCUACCGGUAUAGCUGUGGUUUCAGCUGCGGUGCUGAUGGGCCUCAAGACGCCUAGAGCAUCUAUGAAGGACAAGGCGAAUCGAGAGACCAACGGCAAAGAUCAGUAA